AUGGGCACCAGACCGCGCGGCAAAGCCGUGGCGGCGGCGCAAGGCGGCGGCACGGUGCUCCCUGGGCCCAAGGCCCCCGCCUGGGGCUGCAGCUGCGGCGAGGCCGCCAACUGGGCAUCGAGGCUUCACUGCAGGAGCUGCGGGGCCCCCGCGCCCGUCUCCGUGCGGCAGCGGGCCGUGGAGGCGGCGGCAGGCCCGCCCCCGCUUACGGCGCGGCCGCCGUGGGCGGCGGCGCCCAAGGCCAAGGUGGGCGCCAAGGCUGGCGUCAAGGCGGAGGCGGCGGCCGCAGGGGCGCCGUGGGUGCACGGCGGAGGCAAGCCUCGGCGAGUGCGUUUCCGCGAAGCGGAGGUGGUCGAGAUCGAAGAGGACGGCGAGGUCGACCAGCUGGCCGCGGCGCUGCGGCUGCUGGAGGGGCGCGGCGUCCAGCUGGAGGCCGACCCAGGCAAGGCAGCCCCAGAGGCUCCCAAGUCGCACCACGCGGCGGUGCAGAGCGCCAUGUGGAAGGUCAAGAACGCAGCGGGCAAGCGCGAGCGGGCCCAGCGGAACCUGGAGGCCGCUCAGGGCGCCCUGGCGGACGCCCAGCUCGCGGCGGACAAGGCUGCGGAGGCCAAGGAGGCCGCGGCCAAGGCUCAGCUCGACCAGGGGGCGCAGGACGUCGACAGGCUGGCCCAGGCCACCCUCGGCGCGAGGUACGCUGCUGAGCUCAAGGACCACUUCGAGGGCGAGGAGGCGGUCCAGGCCACCCAGGCCAUCGAGCUGUUCUCGAAGCUCGCCGCUUCGUGCAAGGCCCGCAUCGAGGCAGCCGCCAAGCGUGCGGCGGAG